AUGGCCAAGGAUCUUAGCAGGAAGGCCACCAAGACUCUACCUGGGGUUUACACUCCUGCGACCGAAACGAAGGCUCCUCGCCAUACCUCCAUUAAGACCAAGGAAACCGAGGCUAAGUCCACUCCUGAUAGCAAGGAGAACAAGACUCAUGGUGCCGAGGUUCCUCGUAAGGGAAGACGGCAAAAACAGGGGAAAGAAUUCUCCCUCCAGGAGAAAGAUUUCCCGAGUUUGCUGCCGGGAGUGCAGGCAGGGACACCUUCCUGGCCUCGAGUACAGAGCACCAAGGUGAAUGCUAGUCUUGGAGAAAUUUCAAAAAUUUCUCCAGGGGUCACUGCGACUCGACCUGGGGCUUCCACUCCUGCAACUGAGGACUCCAAAACCGAGGCCUCUGGAAACAAGGGGAGAAAAGCUCCUGUGGCCAAGGACCUUAGCAGGAAGGCCACCAAGACUUCACCUGGGGCUUCCACUCCUGCAACUGAGGACUCCAAAAUCGAGGCCUCUGGAGACAGGGGGAGAAAAGCUCCUGUGGCCAAGGACCUUAGCAGGAAGGCCACCAAGACUCUACCUGGGGUUUCCACUCCUGCGACCGUCAUGGGGGACAAGACCAAGGAAACCGAGGCCAAGUCCACUCCUGAUAGCAAGGAGAACAAGACUCAUGGUGCCGAGGUUCCUCGUAAGGGAAGACGGCAAAAACAGGGGAAAGAAUUCUCCCUCCAGGAGAAAGAUUUCCCGAGUUUGCUGCCGGGAGUGCAGGCAGGGACACCUUCCUGGCCUCGAGUACAGAGCACCAAGGUGAAUGCUAGUCUUGGAGAAAUUUCAAAAAUUUCUCCAGGGGACAAAGCCUCUGUGGGUAAGAGACUUAAGAAGGAGGUCACUGCGACUCGACCUGGGGCUUCCACUCUUGCAACCGAGGACUCCAAAAUCGAGGCCUCUGGAAACAAGGGGAGAAAAGCUCCUGUGGCCAAGGACCUUAAGAGGAAGGCCACCAAGACUCUACCUGGGGUUUCCACUCCUGCGACCGCUUCUCGUCAUACCACCAUUAGGGGGGACAAGACCAAGGAAACCGAGGCCAAGUCCACUCCUGAUAGCAAGGAGAACAAGACUCAUGGUGCCGAGGUUCCUCGUAAGGGAAGACGGCAAAAACAGGGGAAAGAAUUCUCCCUCCAGGAGAAAGAUUUCCCGAGUUUGCUGCCGGGAGUGCAGGCAGGGACACCUUCCUGGCCUCGAGUACAGAGCACCAAGGUGGAUGCUAGUCUUGGAGACAUUUCAAAAAUUUCUCCAGGGGACAAAGCCUCUGUGGGUAAGAGACUUAAGAAGGUCACUGCGACUCGACCUGGGGCUUCCACUCUUGCAACCGAGGACUCCAAAAUCGAGGCCUCUGGAAACAAGGGGAGAAAAGCUCCUGUGGCCAAGGACCUUAAGAGGAAGGCCACCAAGACUCUACCUGGGGUUUCCACUCCUGCGACCGCUUCUCGUCAUACCACCAUUAGGGGGGACAAGACCAAGGAAACCGAGGCCAAGUCCACUCCUGAUAGCAAGGAGAACAAGACUCAUGGUGCCGAGGUUCCUCGUAAGGGAAGACGGCAAAAACAGGGGAAAGAAUUCUCCCUCCAGGAGAAAGAUUUCCCGAGUUUGCUGCCGGGAGUGCAGGCAGGGACACCUUCCUGGCCUCGAGUACAGAGCACCAAGGUGGAUGCUAGUCUUGGAGACAUUUCAAAAAUUUCUCCAGGGGACAAAGCCUCUGUGGGUAAGAGACUUAAGAAGGUCACUGAGACUCGACCUGGGGUUUCCACUCCUGUGACCAAGGCCUCUAAAAGCAAGGCCUCUGGAAACAAGGGGAGAAAAGACUCUGUGGCUAAGGACCUUAAGAGGAAGGCCACCGAGAAUCGAUCUGGGGCUUCUACUCCUGCGACCAGGGCCUCUGGAAACAAGGAAAGCACUGAAUCCAAAGACAGAGCCACCGAGAACAAAAUCCCGCGAACCCCCUAUAACCAAGAGCUCUGUGCCCUAGCUCCCUAUAACCAAGAGCCCUGUGCCCAAGCCCCCUAUAACCAAGAGCCCUGUGCCCAAGCCCCCUAUAACCAAGAGCUCUGUGCCCUAGCUCCCUAUAACCAAGAGCUCUGUGCCCUAGCUCCCUAUAACCAAUGA